AUGUUACGAUCAUCAAACCUAAGAGGUUUCAGAAUACCAGGCACAGAAGAUAAGCUCAUCGCACGGCUAUUUGCAGACGACACCACGGUGUUCCUGUCCGAAUUCGACGAUUUUGAGGACCUGCAAAAAAUACUGAAAAAAUGGUGUAUAGCGUCAAAAGCAAAAUUUAACAUAGGAAAAACGGAGAUACUCCCUAUCGGAACCCCAGAAUACCGGGAAACGGUCAUUCGAGAAAGGAAGACAGAGGGGUGCGUUGUGCCGAUCAACGACGACAUCCACAUGGUAGCAGAGGGUGAAAGCAUCCGCCUCCUAGGGGCCUGGUACGGUAAUAAUCUUGAAGUGGAAGGCCCGUGGACGAUAGUGCUCAACAAAAUUGAUAAAAAAUUAGAGCAAUGGGAACGGACACACCCAACGAUCCUGGGAAGGAAACUUAUAGUCAUGCUAACGGCGGGGAGCAUGACGCAGUACCUGACAACAGUCCAAGGCAUGCCCUCUCACGUUGAGGCGAAGAUUGCACGACGAAUUUCGAGCUUCAUGCGUGCGGAUAAGUCGGCCGCAGCAGUGGCAGAAGAGACGCUUCAAGCACCUAUAGAAAUGGGAGGCCAAAAUAUGCCCUAUACGCUGCGAGAACGCCAAAGACGGAACGAAACCUAG